AUGACACAGGAUAUUGUCAAUGGAAAGGAGGAAGCCUCAAUGAGAAAACACCUACUCAACUUUGAUCACUUUGAAAUUUUGCGAGCCAUUGGGAAGGGAAGUUUUGGGAAGGUCUGCAUCGUGCAGAAGAAUGAUACCAAGAAGAUGUAUGCCAUGAAGUACAUGAAUAAACAGAAGUGUGUGGAACGCAAUGAAGUGAGGAAUGUCUUCAAGGAACUCCAGAUCAUGCAGGGACUGGAGCAUCCUUUUCUGGUGAAUCUGUGGUAUUCCUUCCAAGACGAGGAAGACAUGUUCAUGGUGGUAGACCUGCUACUUGGUGGGGACCUGCGUUAUCACCUGCAGCAGAAUGUCCACUUUCAGGAAGACACAGUGAAGCUGUUCAUCUGUGAGCUGGCCAUGGCCCUAGACUACCUGCAGAGCCAGCGCAUCAUUCACAGGGAUAUGAAGCCUGACAAUAUUUUACUUGACGAACAUGGACAUGUGCACAUCACUGACUUCAACAUUGCUGCUCUGCUGCCCAAGGAGACCCGGAUCACCACCAUAGCUGGCACCAAGCCUUACAUGGCACCUGAGAUGUUCAGCUCCAGGAAGGAAACAGGCUACUCCUUUGCUGUCGACUGGUGGUCCCUGGGGGUGACAGCUUAUGAGCUGCUGAGAGGCCGGAGACCAUAUCAUAUCCGCUCCAGUACUCCCAGCAAGGAAAUUGUGAACAUGUUUGAGACGGCAAUUGUAACUUACCCUUCUGCUUGGUCACAAGAAAUGGUAUCCCUUCUUAAAAAGCUUCUUGAGCCUAAUCCAGACCAACGAUUUUCCCACUUGACUGACAUUCAGAAGUUCCCUUACAUGAGUGACAUGAAUUGGGAUGCUGUGCUGCAGAAGAGGCUCAUUCCAGGCUUCAUUCCAACCAAAGGCAGGCUCAAUUGUGAUCCGACAUUUGAACUUGAAGAAAUGAUUUUGGAGUCCAAACCACUUCAUAAGAAAAAGAAGCGACUGGCAAAAAAGGAGAAGGAGAUGAGAAAAUGUGACUCCUCUCAGACAUGUCUUCUCCAAGAGCACCUUGAUGCUGUUCAGAAGGAAUUUAUAAUUUUCAACAGAGAAAAAGUAAAAAGAGACUUUAAUCAAAGACAAGCAAAUGUUCCCUUGGAACAAUCCAAAAACAACACAGAAGAGGAGGAUGGCCAGAAUAACAACCUAUGA